CGUCGUUCUCCCUCCUCUUCCUUCUUCGAUUCGUAGACAUGGGUUACGGCGGCAAGGCGGAAGAUUCCGACCUGCGACAAUAUACAGAGGCGACGAUGGGGAGCAAUCUGGACCAAUAGUGGAGCAACGGCGAGUUCCGACAGCGACGCCGGUGACCGACCAUAGUGGACCAAUUACGAUUUCUUCCGGCAACCCUCUGUCCAGCGACCUCUGUUCUGUCGAAGUCUAGCAGCUCCGGCAGAGUAACAACCCGCAACGAUGACAGAUCCGGGCGGGCUUGGGCUGUGACGGGCUUGCUUGGGCUGUGCGUGACGCCGUCUACCCUCUCCGUUCGGGAGUUUCUCUCUACAAGAACUACAGUGCUGGCCAGUGUUCACGUAACACGGUUCACAGAGGAUCCUAAACUACUGCUUUCUCCAUGAUUUUGUUGUGUUUUUGGUGCAAAAUUUGGAUCUCCAGGAUCGACUUCAAUAGAGGAUUCCAUUUUUGAGUUUACCUUUUCUGAUUUGGGAAUGGAUUUUGCUGAAAUUGGGUACAAACUAAAAAAAAUGGAGACUUGUGGUGAACAAGAUUGUUAGAGGAUGACACCUUUUUUGGUCACUUGAGAAGCUUCUUUAGUACGAUGUGAGAUUCAUUUAUGUAUCUAUUUGGUUAGUCAUAUGUGUCCCUUUCCGGUGCUAUGUCAUUGUUAGUUGCAACAGUAUGUUUUGUGCCAUCAAAGGUAUCUCGUAAAAAGCGAGUGAUUAUCGGGAUUCUUCAUGUGUCUGCCCACUUGGCAGCAGCAUUGAUCCUCACAAUCUUGUUGGAACUUGGUGUUGAGACAUGUAUUAGGCAUAAUCUACUCGACACAUCAGGUUAUCAUACCCUAUACGAAUGGUAUCGAUCAGCUGAGAGCGAGAAUUUCCCAAAUCCUACUGGUCUUAAAGAACGUUUAGAGCGAUGGACAUUUGGCCUUUAUCCAGCCGGCAUCAAGUAUCUCAUGUCUGCAUUUGAUGUGCAAGAGUCAAGAACAAAUGUUAACUACUACUGCAAUUAAUGCUAAUCAAUUACUAGUUAUUUUAUUUUUUAUGGGUUGUGUGGGAUUGCUGCAAUAUAUUAUGCGUUUGUGCGUGCAAGUGGUGUUUGAAGUACAACGAAGUUUAGCUAUCACAUUCAUGGAAUUUAAUUGUUUUUUAAUACUAGAAAAGGUAUUGUUGAUAAUUUUGCAGGUUCUUAUGAUGAUGAAGAAGAAAUCGUUAAAGAAAAGGAACCGGAAAAAGAGAAAAUGCAGGAACAAACGGAGCUUCCUAAGGAAUGGAGAACAUUGAAGAACCACCCGAUUGACAAUGUCAUUGGUGACAUAAUGCAGGGAGUUUCUACUCGUAAUUCUCUUAGGAACACAAUUAAUCACAUGGCCUUUGUUUCUCAAAUUUAACCAACAACCGUUUUGGAUGCUAUUAAUGAUGAACAUUGGUCUAUG